AUGUCUCAAAUUCCCAAAUCUGGGACAUUCAACCAGCAAAUGUCUCACAGUCAGAGGCACAGCACAAUCAUCCCAAAAUGGAGGAUUUUCACGGGGCAUCAAGAACCCAUGGCUGGCACUCCCUCCAGAGAGGCGGGAGUGUCAGGUAUACCCGACACAGCCUCCACAGAGGGAGGAGUACCAGAAAUCACUGGUUCUGCUUCCAUAGAGGCAAGGGUGCCAGAUACCACUGGCACCGCCUCCAAACAGGCGGGAGUGCCAGAAUCAACUGGCAUCGCCUACGAAGAGGCAGGAGCACCAGAAAUCACUGGCAUGGCCUCUGAGGAGGCAGGAGCACCAGAUAUCACUGGUGCAGCCUCCGAAGAGGCAAGAGCACCAGAAAUUACUGGUGCAGCCUCCGGAGAGGCAGCAGCACCAGAGAUCACUGGUUCUGCUUCCAUAGAAGCAAGGGUGCCAGAAACCACUGGCACCACCUCCAAACAGGCGGGAGUGCCAGAAUCAACUGGCAUGGCCUCUGAGGAGGCAGGAGCACCAGAUAUCACUGGCGCAGCCUCCGAAGAGGCAAGAGCACCAGAAAUUACUGGUGCAGACUCCGGAGAGGCAGCAGCACCAUAA